AUGACCCAGUCAGGAGUCGAAUUCAUGGGCGUCGACCUCAAGGACAUCGAGUCCACCUCGAUACCCUCACUACCACCGACCUACGACACGCUCACCACCGAACUUGCCUUCAUAAAACAAGAAAACGCAAUGCUCCUCUCCCGUUCUCGCAUCCACGAAGAUCUAAGAGCCACACUCGUAACUGCUCUAGAACAGAACGAGCAGAAUACGCGGAAAUUGAGAGAGUUGGCUUCUCAGUUAUUGGAAGUACUCUCAUCAGCAGAAGCAUCAAACGCCGUGCUUGUAUCGCGGCUGAAUACCGCUGUGGCCCCGGCUGUGAAGGUGCAGUCGGUGCAUAGCAGUUUCGCGUAUCUCGCGUCGGGUGCAAGUACAGUCAAUAAUCAUGCAGUGCAUAGUGUUGAGGUGGAGGCACGUGUUGGGGCUGGCAACAGCAAGAGUAGUGCUGGGAAUAAUAGUAUUGGUAGUGGUGGUAGUAGUACGGGACAGGAGAAUCAGACAUCGCUGACGUCGACUUUGCUGGAUUCGUGUGCGCUUCUAGCAGACCUCUCUCAAGACUGCAAAGACCGCAUCAUAAACGGCUCCUACGAGCUCCGUCGUCGUGCCGGCCAAUACAUUCUCGAGGAGGGCGACGCAGCAGCCGAAAUGUUUUUCGUGCUUGAAGGAUCUGUGGUCGUCCUUGCCAAGAACGAGGAAAUAUCUACACUGUCAAAGGGUACCUUCUUUGGUGAAAUCGGAAUGCUAUUUGGCACGCCGCGCACGGCUAGUAUACAGGCCAAGACAGACUGUAUAUUGGUGGUUGUUACAAGACAAAAGGUCGAGGAUGCGCUCAGCAAGUACCCAGAGAUGAGAGGGCGGGUGCAAGAGUUUACGGAAAAGAAGGCCGAGUGGUGGGAAAAGCAGAAAUAUCGGGAUAGCAAUAUGAAGUUUGGUGCAGAGUUUUUGGGGGAUAUAUCGAGGAAGGAUAUUAGAAAGCUGGCCCUCUUCAAAAACGUCGAAGAAGAAAUCGUAGACCGCCUCGCAAUGACCAUGAUCCCCGAAGUAUACAAGAAAUCCGACAUUAUAAUCCAAAAAGAUACCGACGCAGACUGUAUUUUCUUUAUCGUGCGCGGGACCGUCGAAACACUAGGCGAAGACGGAUCCGUCGUAUCUGAAAUGAAGUCUGGACAAUUCUUUGGCGAGAUUGGUAUCCUGCUCGCUGUUAAACGAACCGCUACCGUACGAGCCAAGGAGACUGUCUUUUCGCUGAAACUCAGUAAAGCGAAUUUGGAUGAUGUGUGUAGUGGGUAUGAGGAUAUGAGGCUUGCUAUUGAAGCUGUGGCCAAGGAGAGGCAGAAUCUGAUGACCAAGGCUACGAAUGCUACGGGUGAGGCGCUGGAUAGCUUUGCGUUGGAGGUUAAUACGCAGAAUCUUAGGAUGUUGGAGAUAUUUAAGGAUCUCGAAGAGCCUAUACUGCAGGACCUGGCAUUGAGCAUGAGCUUCGCUGCGUGGAGUCCUGGUGAAUACAUUAUACGGGCUGGUGAAAACGCUUUAGGAAUGUACUUUCUCGCAACGGGCCAAAUCGAAGUAUUCUCCGAAUUCGACCAGCUCAUCGACACCGCUUCGGGACCUGGAGCUUAUUUCGGUGAAGUAGCCAUGAUUCAGGACGUGCCAAGAACAGCAUCAGUUAAAGCAAAGACGAAAUGCUGUACAUAUGAUUUGAAGAGGAGUGAUGUGCAGAGGGCUAUGGGGCUUUAUCCGAGUAUAAAGGCCAGGAUUGAGGAGACCGCGAGGGAUCGGUUGCAGGCUUAUUUAAUGAGGAAUGUGCUGGCGUGA